AUGCUGUGUCUUACACAGGUAGAAUUUGUGUCUGUGGAUCCCCACAUUCCAGUUACAUUGCAAGUGUUGACGGAAUCAGAUAUUUUUGAUGUUGACAUCAAUGGAACCAUCUGGACAAAAACCAAACUGGACUAUGAAUCCCAGAAAUCUCAUGAGAUAAACGUUUCUUUGACUGACGGAAAAACAAUUGACUAUGCUGCAGUGUUUAUCAAAGUUACAGACAUCAAUGAUAACAGUCCUGUGUUCAGUGCAAUCAAUGCUACCAUUAAUGUGCUAGAGAGCAUGCAAGUUGGAGCCACUGUUCUCAGUGUGUCAGCUGCUGAUGCAGAUGAUGGCUUUAAUGGGUUAGUGUCUUAUACUUUAAAAGGCGGAGAGGGAAAGAUGGAUGUUGACUCUGCAGCAGGAUUAAUUGUGCUGAGAAGGGAACUGGACAGAGAAACACAAGCAUUUUAUAACUUAACAGUUAUUGCCAGUGACCAAGGCCAACCAGCUCUCUCUGCUGUUGUGAACUUUACCAUCUUUGUUGAUGAUGUGAAUGACAACCCUCCAACUUUUCCCUUGGGUAGAUACCAAGUGAAUGUCUCUGAAGAUGAAAUGAUUGGGACGGUGCUAUUGACAGUGUCAGCUAUGGAUUUGGAUUCUGGGGCCAAUGCUCGGGUGAAGUACAGAAUAAUUAGUCAGCUUCCUCAGACGUCCUUGCCCAUGGUCCUUGUCAAUUCAACCACAGGCCAGCUCACCCUGAGCCAGCAGCUGGACUACGAAACUGUCAAACUGUUUGAAGUAAGAGUGCAGGCAUCAGAUGAAGGGCUCCCAAGCCUCAACACCAGCGUGCUUGUUGUUAUCCAUGUACUGGAUGUCAAUGAUAACCCCCCUGAAUUUAGUCAGGCAGUGUACAAUAUAUUUGUUCUUGAAAACAUACAGAAGGGCAGCCUCAUCUAUGCACUCAAUGUUACUGACAAGGAUCAGGUCUGGGCAGUUGAUGCUGAAAUGGAAGGGCUCAAUUCUAGUGCCCUGAUAGAUAUCACAGUUCUGGAUGUCAAUGACAAUAACCCUGAGUUUCAGAUGCAGCCCUUCAAUUUUACAACCCCGGAAGGAGACUAUACAUUGGAUGCACCUACCGUAGUUGGACAUGUAGCUGCCACAGAUUUGGAUGAGGGAGAAAAUGCCCACAUCGCAUUUCACCUAGUCGCAGAAGAUGGGAAGAAUCCAUUUAGCAUCCAACAAAAUGGAACUAUUUUGGCUAAUGGGUUUAUGGACAGAGAAAUCAAAGAGAAAUAUGAGCUUUUGUUAGUUGCAUCUGAUAAUGGAGUACCUCAGAGACAGAAUUUCACAUAUGUCACCAUAAGUGUAUUAGAUGUAAAUGAUAAUCCUCCACAAUUUACAAAGACCCAGUAUUCUGCAAAUAUACAUGUAGCAACUGCAAAAGAGGGAGUUUCUGUUCUGUCAGUAUCUGCUACCGAUCGUGACCUUGAGAACAAUUCUCUUAUUUCAUACAGCUUCAUGAACCAUUCUGAUGAUUUCUCGGUAAAUAAACUUACUGGAGAGAUCACUCUUGCCAGUAAUCUAGCCCAUAUCACAUCUGACACAGUCAUUACAUUGACAGUCAUUGCUACUGACCAUGGGGUUCCUCAGCUAACAUCGAAUGCUUCUGUUAUUCUCUAUCUGCUGGUAAAUGACACUGACUUUGGACUGACGUUUGAAAGCUCCAGCUAUGAGUUCAGCAUUUUGGAACAGCAACCAGUCACAACUGCUGUUGGCUCUGUGAAGGCCCUGACCGGAAGCAUAGCCAUUAGAGUCAUAUACUCUCUCAAGUCAUAUACUGACAAGUUUUCUGUUAAUGACCAAGGAAACAUUAUGACCCUUGUCAGUUUAGAUCGAGAAGAGCAGGAUCUUUAUAGCAUCAUUGUCGAAGCCGUUGAUUCUGCAGUGCCACCCAGUUCAGCUGUGUCUUUGGUUACAAUCAUUGUGAAUGACACCAAUGACAAUUCUCCUGUUUUCUCAACACUGAUUCAAACCAAACGAUCAGCUCCUGAGAAUGAAGACACUAUAGACUUUGGCAUAUUUUCUGCUGUAGACCAAGAUGUAGGAGUGAACGCCCUUUUAAACUACUCCUUGGAGAAUGACUUUGCGGGAACUUUCCAUAUUAACAGUUCCACUGCCAGGCUGACUACAAAAAGAGCCUUGGACAGGGAAAUGGUGGACAGUUAUGAAUUGAAAAUAAUGGCCACUGAUUCUGGAAUACCCAAACAAUCUGCAAGUUUAGUUCUCAGCGUCACUGUGGAAGAUGUGAAUGACAACCCUCCAGUGUUCCUACAGAAAUCAUUUAAUGUGACUGUGAAAGAGAAUGAGCCUCCAAGUGUGAUUUUGAAUGUGACAGCAACAGAUAAAGACACAGGUUACAAUGCUGUUAUUCAUUAUGCUAUAACUGAAGCAACCUCAUUUUAUGUCGGAGAACUUUCUGGACAUAUUACAAUCCUGCAGCCUCUGGAUUAUGAAAAUUGUGCCCAACACACAAUUGUACUGAAAGCUUUCAAUCCUGGAGAUCCACAUUUCCAGGAUACAGCAAAUGUUACAGUUAACGUGGAAGAUGUAAAUGAAGAAGGACCCAAAUUUGAAAGGCCUUCAUACUACAAGAUUCUUCGAGACAAUUCAACUGCUGGGAUGAUGGUAAUAGAUAUCAAUGCAACAGAUGAAAGCAAAGGUUUUGAUGAAGGCAUUUACUACAAUCUAACAGGUGGGAAUUUUGAAGGCCUUUUUAAGAUUUCAAGUACUCUGGGACAGAUCACUUUGACAAGAGACACAGUGAAACAAACUACCACUGUGCAGUAUUCUUUGAUGGUCACUGCAACAGACUCAGGUCUUCCACCUCUUUCAACCUCUGUCAAGGUGUCAGUGAUGAUUGCCCCCAUCAACACUUCAUUCCCAGUGUUCUCUGCAGAUGUCUACCAGCCUGAUGCUCUGAGUGAGAAAGCAUUACCAGGGACAUUCGUAGUACAGAUCAGUGUGUUGUAUAAGAGCCCUGUAAUAUACAGCAUUAUAUCAGGCAAUGAAAAGGGUUACUUUAGUAUUGAUCAGUUUAGUGGCAUAAUAAGAACAACAAAGAACCUAACAGUAGAAGAGUUUCCAAUCCCCUUUAUCGUGCAAGCAAUAGAUUCAUCUGAACCCAACAUCUACAGUCAAGCGUCUGUGAAAGUGACAGUCAUUGAUGAAAAUGAUUUCCCUCCUGUUUUCCCAUCCUCUUUACUUGAAGCAACACUACAAGAGAAUUCAACCUCUACCCAAAUCAUUCAGAUGAAGGCUCAAGAUAAUGAUACAGGUAGAAACGGUUUUCUCACAUACGGCAUUCUGAGUGGAGAUAGACAGAAAUUCAGGAUAGAUGAAGCUACUGGGAUUCUUUACUCCACUGUUCCUGUUGAUUAUGAAGAGGGACCUACAAAGUAUCAGGUUGUAAUAUAUGCUGAAGACAAUGGGAUCCCCGAGAAGAAAAGGGGCUAUUGCACCGUCAUCAUAAACAUAAUUGACAUUAAUGACUGCCCACCAGUGUUUGACCCAGUGAAUAUGCUCAGUGUUAUGGAAAAUGCACCUGUAGGAUUCAUUGUUGGAAAAGUCACUGCAACAGACAGAGAUGAGGGAGAUAAUGCCUUUGUUCUGUAUAAUCUCAUAGGUGGUGGAGGAAAUAUAUUUGAAAUAGAUGAAGUACAUGGGAACAUUAAGAUAAAGAAUUCUCCAGACUAUGAAACUCUGAAUAGAUACAUCCUUACAGUGAACGCAUGCAACAAUAAAUCUGCCCCUUUCUAUCAGGCCAAUACUACUGUCACUGUUGUAGUGACUGAUAUAAAUGAUAAUGCUCCAGAAUUCACUCAAGACUCCUAUCACGAGGAGAUAAGCAUGAUUAAUCCUGUAGCAGCUCACGUCAUUACUGUGAAAGCCAUAGACAAAGAUCAGGGGGAAAAUGCUCUUAUUGAAUACUAUAUCCUGCCGGAUUUUAGCUUCAGCCAGUUCUUCCUGAUUGAGGAUAUAAAUGAGGGGAAAAUAAUAACAAUUGGAAACCUAUCCAAACCUGGAGAGAUCCCUUUGAGAAUAAUAGCUAAAGACCGAGGUUCUCCUCCGUUAAAUAGCACAGCCUUGAUUAAGCUCAAUGUGCUUGACAAUCGCCCGUUUGUCCCUCAGUUUAAUCAGACUGACAUCAGCACAACUGUGAUGGAAGACACAGGAGCUGCACAUUUAGUUUACACUUUUGCUGUGAUGGAAGCCUUAGGGAGACAAAUUGAUUACAAAAUUGUAUCUGGUAAUGAACGUGCCCAUUUUAUAUUGGAUACAAAAAGUGGACAGCUAAAAACAGCAAUUAACUUGAACUAUGAGGAAAUUUCUCAGUAUACAAUUACAGUUGAAGCAAAUGAAAGUCCCUCUUCUGUCACACAGGACCUGUAUUCAGGUCUGUUUUCUCAAAAUGUGGCAAGACUAACAAUCUUAGUGCAAGAUGUAAAUGAAAAGCCAGCAUUUUUGAACAGCUCCUACUCUGUUCGGAUCUUGAACUCAGUGCCGUACAAAUUCCCAGUUGUUAAAGUUCAGGCCACAGACCCAGAUUCAGGAGAUAACGGGUUUCUGCUGUACAGUUUGGUGAAUCAUCAAACCAAUGAAUUUGACAUUGAUGAAAAUACAGGGCAGAUUUAUACAGUGUCAGUGACAGGAAAGACUGGAUCAUUUCCUUUGCAAGUCGAAGCUGCAGACCAAGGAGGAAAAGGACUCGUGACACAAGCAACAGUCGAUGUAACCAUUGAUCCCAGUUCCAAUGAUAACAUUGUGGUACUUGUCCUUAGUCAGAAGAUCAAUAUUGUUGAAAGAAACAUUCCUGAAUUAAAAAGGGUUCUAGAAGGAAAGCUCGAAUGGACUGUUUACAUCAUUGAUGUGUUAUCUAAUACUGUUGACAGAAGAAUAAGAGAAAGCACAGAUGUAACCCAUGUAAAGAUUGUUGCUGUUGAUCAGGCAGCCCAAGCAAUACCUGCGGAGCAUGUAAAAAGAAAAUUUAAGGAGCAAGAGAUGGUCAUUCAAACUGAACUGGAGAAAAUAUUUGGAACUUCUGUUUCUGUUGCAGUAGAAGAGACACCUGUUGACUCAAUGUCCUCUGAACUUAUAGCAACCAUAAUUCUAAGUAUUCUGCUGGGCUGCAUUCUUAUAGCCUUUGUGACAUACACAUUUGUUACUAGAAAAAGAAAUGCUAAACUACAACUCUUAGUCAAUGAACACAAUGAAAUUAACAGAAAUAUAGGAAAUCCUUAUGCAACUGACAGUGAUGCAAGUCCACAAAAUUUAAGAAAACAAGAUGACAAAGGUGCCAAAGUGAUGGAGGUUAAAGAUAUGGAAAAUAUCAAUAAAAACAAUGAUGAGAAGGAAAUAUUAGUAGAGAAACAAAAAUGUGAUGACCCUGACAUUCUACUAUUAGAUGUUAAAAAUGAACACGAAGAAAAUGUAGCACUCAAAGAGACCACUGAGCCUAAUAAUGUAGCUCCUCAGCUCACUACAGAAGCUGUUACCAAUCAGACUUGCUUUCUGACAGAAACCAAUGAUGGACCAGGUUUUUCCUUAUCACCUGAUCCAACAAUGCGUAAUAAUGGGAAAGAACUGAAAGGAGUAAGGUUUUCAGAAGUGGCAAUUAUUUUGGAGCCAGAGACUGAACAAAAUGAUCCUGAUCUUGACAUUUUGGCAGCACUGACAGAGAGGGAGGACGAAGGACCUCAUAUCUCUGCCUUAUGAGAAUCACAAUCCUUGCUCUUAGAGUCAUUUAAAGUAUUUUGUUGUUCUAAUAAAAACGGGAACAUUGUCCAGAUUUUGGUUCCUAUUUGUAUAUUCUGUAAGAGAUUGACUGGGAAGUAAAUAAGUACUACAUUAAGGAGACAUUGUAGCUUCUGAAAAUCAAGGAAGUGCUUAGCAAAAAAAGUGUGUAUGAUUGUAUUUCAAACUUGUUUUCCUCAGAGCAAUAUUUUAAAAUGUGAUUAGUUUUUUGUGCUAUUUCAGAC